AAAAAUACAACAAAUGCAAAAAGUGAGACUGAGCAACUACAAAAACUGUAAAGGUUGUAGUAACUAAUGUGUACCAAGGCCUGGAGUCACCAAGUGUGUCCCAGCCGGUUCUAAUUCAUGUUGCCCCACAAACUACUGCCAGUGUGGUUUUGUGGGAAUUGCCCCCUUAACCAGAACAUGAAUGGGACACAAUGGAGGACACCAGAGGGCUCGGUCAACGCGGUCACGAGAGCUGUGGGAGAGAGUGACGUCACUUUCCUAGACCGGGCAGCGGCCGUUUGUGAGUUUAGAGCAGAGUGGGAGAGAGAGGGAGAGAGGGGGGAGGACAACAGUAGCAGCUCAACUUUUAAUGUAUGCGUGCCGAGCCGAGUAGAGCCAGUGUGGAGCUGCUUCUCCUCCUCCCUGCAUCCUCCAGCGGGACUCCAGUUCCACUCGCUGUUUCCGCACCGGCUCUGCUCGUUUCCCCCCGGUGUCUGGUUCAUAAAAAGCCGAGUCUCCAGUGGUUUAAGUGGGUAAAUGCAUGGACCACGCUUAACAUGAAGAGCCUCAAAGCCAAGUUUAGGAAAACUGAUGUCAACGAGUGGAAUAAAAAUGACGAGCGCCUGCUGGCGGCUGUUGAACACGGGGAGGUGGAGAAGGUGGCAUCACUCCUUGCCAAGAAAGGUGCUAGUGCUGUGAAGCUGGACACUGAGGGCAAAUCAGCCCUUCAUGUAGCAGCUGCACGUGGUCUGACUGACUGCCUGUCUGCCAUCCUGACCCAAGGAGCUGACCUGUCAGUCACUGAUGCUGCAGGUCUGAAUUCAUUACACCUGGCUGCCAAAAACAGUCACAACGACUGCUGUAGGAAACUCAUUCAGAGCAAAUGUCCCAUUGAUACUGCGGACAGUUCUGGAAAAACUGCCCUGCAUCACGCUGCUGCCAGUGGGAACGUGCAGACCGUCCAACUGCUGUGUGAACUCAAAAGUCCCGUCAACCUAAAAGAUUCAGAUGGUUUCAGCCCUUUGCUGUUGGCAGCCAGAAACGCUCACGCUGACGUCUGCACUACUCUGCUGGACUGUGGUGCAGAAAUCAAUGCCUCUGACAACAGUGGCAGAACGGCCCUGAUGUUAGCCACUGAGGCUAACGCAGUGUCAGUGGUUGACGUUUUGCUUCAACAAAAAGCAAGUUUGUCAGUGACAGACUCUCAAGGUCAAGAUGUCAUGUACUACGCCAAACUGGCAGGUCACUCAGAGGUCAAGGCUGCCCUGAUGGCCGCUCUUAACAAACAGCAAACUGCAGAUGUUAAAUCUCCCAGAAGUCCACUGCAUGAUCAAGUAGCUAAGCAAAGUGAUGAACGGAACACAACUCCCAAAAAACGAAAAGCACCUCCUCCUCCUAUUAGCCCACUGCAGAGCCCUGGCCCCUCCUCUCCCUCACUGCUCACCUCCACUUCAACCCCUUUGACUGACAAAGGCGACACUCCAAAGAGGUUCAACUACAAGGAGGUUGAGGUUGAAGGAACAACUCUGAGAGACCAGGUGGAGAAGCUCCAUGAGGAGAGAAACAUGUUGUUGGACACCAUUGAGGACUUGAAGCAGACAGUGACUGGUCCAGAGCUGGACACCAGGGCUGAACACAGCUUUUCGGCAUCGGCAGCAUUGGUUUCUUCUCUGCAGGCUAAGAUUACUGCUCUAACUCUGGAGAACCAACAACUGGCCAACAAACUCAAGAAACAUCUGUCCGUCCACGGUUACGACGACCUGAAGGACAGCCGUCCAAACAGCAUGGCCUCCAACGCCUCCUUCUACUCCACCCGUGAAGAUUUCGAGGUGGAAGAGCUGAAGGCCCCCCUUCAGAGGAAAAGAGAAGGAGGAGGAGCAGGAGGUGAGACAACAGAAAACGAGGAGGUCCAGAAACAAACGUCAUCAACAUAUGAGCAGGAUGUAAGGAGUGAGGAGGACAGACAGAGACUGAAGGAGACAGAGGAGCGGGCUGACCAGCUGGAGAAGCUGUAUGAGGAGGCGCAGGUGGAGAUCAGGAUGCUCCAGGAGGCUCUGAGGGGAACGGUGCCGGUGGAGGCUGCAGCCAAAGACUUUGAGGAAAUGAAGGCCGAGCUGAACGAGAUCAUUGCUGGGCUGCACCGACGGUUACUUGAACUCUCUCACUCCUACAGUGACGCCAGGAGCAAACUCAGUGCUGCCCAGAAACAGCUGGAUGAAGUCCAGUCUGAGAGCACGGCGUCGUCGUCUCCCUCCAUGGAGGAGCAGCAGCAGCAGGUCCAGGUGCUCAGCAACAGGGUGGAGGAGCUGCAGGCUCUGCUGGCCGACAGAGACCAGCAGACCACAGCAGCUCAGGAGGAGGUUUUAAAGCUGAAGCAGGAGGCAGAGGCUCAGGCACAAAGCUCUGUGGCUCUGACCGAUCACAUGCAGGUGAUGUCAUCUCUGGGAAACGCCGUUAAAGAGUUGGAGAGCCAAUCAGAAGCCCUGAAAGAGCAGCUUCAGCAGAAGACGCUGCAGGUGGAUGCACUUCAGAACAGACUGGCUGCGACUGAAGAUGUCACCUCAGAUGACUCUGUGUCCCAUCAGGAGCAUGAGACCAUGAGGGAGCAGCUGGAGGGUGAAGUGAGCCACCUGACGCAGCUCCUUCAGGGGGCCCUCAGGAAACAGGAUGAGAUGGCUCUGGAGGCUGCUGACGCUUGGCAGAAGGCACGGGACAAUCAUGCAGAGUGCGAGGCCCUGCAGGAGCUGCUGAUGUCAAGGGAGAAGGAGAACCAGACGUUGACCUCCAGGCUGGCAGAAUCUCAGGAUGCCGUGUGUCAGCUCAAACAGCUGGUGGAGAACCAUGUGGCGUCUGAGAGAGAAAAAAACAAGAGGAUUGACGACCUGUCACGGGAGGUGGUGAAGCUCAAAGACGCCCUGAACAGUCUGUCUCAGCUCUCCUACACCGCUGCUUCUCCCACCAAGAGGCAGCAGCAGCAGAACCAACAGAUGGAGGCGCUGCAGCAGCAGAUCAAACAACUCCAGUAUCAGCUGACUGAGUCAAAGAAGCAGCACCAGGAGAUCGUGUCAGUCUACAGGAUGCACCUCCUCUAUGCUGUCCAGGGUCAGAUGGACGAGGACGUCCAGAAAGCCCUGAAGCAGAUUCUCAUCAUGUGCAAAAUGCCAAGUCAGACCAAGGAGGCCUGCUGAUAGAGAGAAGAGAGAGAGACCAGUUCUUCUAGAACAAAACCCCUGUCAUGACUGAGGAGAAGGUGAACUGCUGCCCUGGACCAGCCCUGUCUCCAAACUGAACUCACAUGGUUCUGGUACCAGAACAUCAAGUGAUCAACACCUGGUGCCUCUUGAUAAAAACAAACAAACUCCAAAUGUAUUACUGUUUACAUUCACACAUUGUUCACUUCCAUCACCAUGUUCUGGUGUUUCUGACCCAGUGAGAGCUGAAUGACUGACGUGUCUGUGCAUCAUGUACACCACUGUGUUGGCUAAACUGUGCUCCACGUGCAGCUGCUGUUACAUGUGCGGUUGCCGAUAUGUUCAGUCAAAUGAAACACCACUGUAACUGGUCGUAUAAAAUGUUUGUCCAGAAUUUCCUGUUGCCUCCUAAAUUAUUUAACUUCCUCACAAAAGUGCACGACGUUUCUCAGUACCAGAACCAAUCAGGACGCACUUGUUUCAAUAAAAGGAACUAUUUUUUAAUGAACACAAACAUUUUGUAAAGAUAUAUUUUACUGUACUGCUUUGUUGUGUUUUUCCAAGUCAGUGGAUGUCAACGAAGAGCUUCUGUGUAUUUGUACCCACUUCUAUUUUCAGAACCACAGUGCACUAUUUUAUACUGCUACGUUGAAAUGAGCUCUUUGUUCCUUUGGUAUUCAUUUAGGUACUGCAUGUUUGUUUACAAGUAAUAAAACAAUCAGUACUAACACAUUUCAAACUGAAAGAUAAUGUUGUCUAAUUUGUUGACUGAUCCAUAUUUGUCAUGUGCCAAGUAUUUCAGACCAAGUCCAGUUCUGACACCGACCAGUGUCAGGGGUCCGACUGAAUGUCACCAAAGAAAUCUGACUGGACCUCUAACCUUUAACCCUGUUGUCUGUUGCUGUGUGAACACUAAGGUCACCUGUCACAGACUGAACAGAACAGCACUGAAGUUCUGCUCCUGCUCAGAGUUCUAGGUCACAUUGAUACCAACAGAACAAGAUAUUGUUAAAAAAAACCAUAUACAGUUGUUAUUAGUCAAGUAAUAGGAACCUUGUCUUCUACCUAAUGCAGGUCAUGGGAUGGACUUGUGUCCCAGACUGCAUCCCUCCACAUGUCUGUCCUUCACCAGUCAGUCAGUAUUUUGAUGGAAAGAAUUAAACACCAAAUACACUAAUGUAUUCACUGGGCUUCACUAACGGGUCACAUGGAAGGACAGUCUGAUUUACUAACUGUCAACAGUAGUGAGGUUCAGCGGCUCCAACACGUGUUUCUCAAUCAAAUCUUUUUUGUUUUUUUCUGCUGUUGAAACUGAACCUUGUUGAAUUUCACUCUAAGCUGAUCCAUUACUUCUCUUGUCUAUAGGCUUCAACAAAUGUGUUUUGUACAAAAAAUAGUUUGAACAUGGUUUUGUAGUGAUCUGAAUUUGUUAUGUUGCAAAUUGCUUUUUAUUUGGUCCACCUUAAUAAAUGUCCGUACUACAUCUGUG